ACAACGCGCGGGGCCGCACGUGGACGCACUCCUCGUCGACUGCGAAAAUUUCCUCUUCAUAAAGUCGCGGGCGAAAACUUAAGGCGGCCUCAAGAUGAUGCCUGGGAGGGGCCGCGCGCGUGCCCGCGGGCGCGGCCGUGGCGACGAGGCCGCACUACCUCCUGCGCAUGCGCAAGGCGAUGCCGGAACUGCGUCCGCUAUGGCUCAACCGCCACCGCUCGCUUCACAACUCGGGGACGUUGAAUCUGCGAGUGACCUUUUUGGCAGAGGUCGCCAGAAAGCCACCAUGCCCUCUACCAGGAAGCCAGUCACAGAUGUAUCUUUAGUGUCAGCAGGCAUGGAGGGGCUGAUGGUAGUGGAUCGCGGGGGCCGCCGUCGUGGCCAGAUGCAGACAAUGGAUGUCGGCUUGAUGACUCGCCAGACAAUGGAACAUGUCCGUCAGUCUAAGACUGGCUUGUCGGGUCAGCCGGUCAAACUACUGACUAACUACUUCAAGUUGUUGUCACGGAAGACGUGGAUGGUAUAUCAGUACCACGUGACAUUCAGCCCAGAGCUGGAAUCCAAACGACUGAGGAUUGCGCUGUUGCAUGAACAUAAUGAGCUGCUCGGUGAAACGCGAGCCUUUGAUGGCUGCAUUCUCUACUUGCCCAAGAAACUCGAGAAGGUGAGUGAGGUAUGGAGCCAAACAAGACAGGAACAGAAGAUAAAGAUCACCAUCACUUUGACCAACGAACUCCCACCAUCAUCACCGACUGCCAUUGUGCUGUUUAACAUCAUCUUUCGCAAGGUGCUGAAGAUGGCCAACAUGCAACAGAUUGGACGCAACUACUACAAUCCAGAUGAUGCAUUCACCAUUCCACAGCACAGGUUACAUGUCUGGCCUGGUUUUGUCACCUCCAUCAUGUGCUACGAGUCCGAUGUGAUGCUCUGCGCAGACGUCAGCCACAAGAUCCUCCGGAAUGAGUCCGUUCUGGAUUUCAUGUACACCUUGUAUGAGCAAAUUGGAGAGCGAAAUUUUCAUGAUGCUUGCCAAAAGGAGCUUGUUGGCCAAGUGAUACUCACAAGGUACAACAAUCGGACUUACAGAAUUGACGACAUCUCUUGGAAUAGAAAUCCAAACAUGACCUUCAUGAAGUCGGAUGGCACAGAGAUAACCUACCAUGAAUACUACACAAAGCAAUACAGCCUGGAAGUGAAGGACAUGCAGCAGCCACUGCUGAUCAGCCGCCCAAAGCGCAAGGACUCGGUGGGGAACAAGGUGGAGAUAGAGCUGCACCUGCUGCCUGAGAUCAGCUAUUUAACAGGUUUGAGCGACAAAAUGCGUUCAGAUUUUCAUCUCAUGAAGGACCUUGGCUUGCAAACACAAGUUUGCCCAGACAAGAGGGCAAUGACCACGCAGAAAUUCAUUGAAAAACUCCAAUCGAAUCCGGAGACUUGUAAUGAGUUUGCAAAGUGGGGCCUGUCAUUCGAUCGGCAACUGCUGAGCUUGACUGGUCGCGUGGUGACUUGUGAGAAGCUUUAUCAGAAAGAUCAAUCGUACCAGUAUAACCAAAGACAGGCAGACUGGUCGCGGGAGUCUCGGAACAUGAAGCUGAUGACGCCCAUCUCGUUGGAAGAAUGGAUGUUGCUUUUCACGCGGAACAACAGCAAUGAAGCUCGUGCCAUUGUACAGAACCUGAUGCAAGUCGGCCCACCCAUGGGCAUGCACAUCAACAAGCCAGAAAUGUUUGAAGUUCAGGAUCGCGCACAGUCAUUUGUGCAAACCUUGCAGCAGAAUUUGAACCAUCACACCCAGAUUGUUAUGUGCGUACUGCCAUCGGUCCACAAGGGAAAGUAUGAUUCGAUCAAGCAGUUCCUGUGUGUGGAACGACCGUUCCCCAGUCAAUGUGUUCUCGCCCGGACACUCAGCAAGCCACAAAUGAUAAGGAGCGUUGCGACAAAGAUCGCAUUGCAGAUGAACUGCAAGCUUGGUGGAGAGCUGUGGGGCGUUGAGAUUCCCAUUAAGCAGUUGAUGGUGGUUGGAGUGGACUCGUGCCAUGAUUCUGUUACACGUGGGCAGUCUGUCUGUGGCUUUGUAGCAAGUCUCAACCAAACUAUUACCAGAUGGUACUCGCGUUGCAUUUUCCAGCAUGCUGCUCAGGAAAUGAUUGAUGGACUCAAAGUUUGCAUGCAAUCGGCAGUCAAACGGUGGCAGCAGAUCAAUCGCACUCUGCCAAUGCGCAUCGUGUUAUACCGUGACGGUGUGGGGGACGGACAGCUGAGUGUGGUAGUCAACCAUGAGGUUCCCCAGCUACUCGACUGCCUCAAGAGCCUCGGCACUGACUACACACCCAAAGUCACUGUGGUGGUGGUGAAAAAGAGGGGCAUUGCUCGUUUCUUUGAGUUUGGAAGGAGCGGAGUGCAAAAUCCAUCGCCCGGCACGGUCAUUGACACCGAGGCUACGCGUCAUGAAUGGUAUGACUUCUUCCUCGUGAGCCAGUCGGUGCGCCAGGGCACCGUGACACCCACGCACUACAAUGUGGUGUACGACACCAGCAACAUGAAGCCUGACCACAUGCAGCGGCUUGCCUACAAGAUGUGCCACCUUUACUACAACUGGCCGGGUGUCAUCUGCGUGCCAGCACCCUGCCAUUAUGCCCACAAACUGGCCUUUCUUGUUGGGCAAAGCAUUCACAAGGAGCCCAGCCUUGACCUUUCCGAUCGACUGUAUUACCUUUAAGACAUCGUAUCGGGUUCAUGGCUAUGUGUGGUAGUUGGAUGACCAUUUCCGACACGUGUCAGAGGUCCUUUAGAGAAGAAAACAAGUAAUGUUUGCUCAGCUUGAAAGAUAUUUUUAUUUCCAAAGUUGAAUGGUCAAAGCUUAAUUCUGAUUCGAAACGAUACAUUAAACGCAUAUUUUUCUAAAAUAUUGGGAAAAUAACAUGGAAACUGCAAAACAAUGGAGAUAACAUUGUCCAUUUUACAUCCCGUUUUGUAGCAACAGUCCCAUUACCGAUUUUGUAGUGGUUUUGUUUUUGUAUGUGGUUUAUUGUCUAAGCAUUCGGUAAUUUACAAUUUGUCCCUCAACCAGCAAGUUAGCAAAGCAAGCAACUUUGACAGUUGUAAAUUGGGCAGGGCCGCCAUGGUGGCGAGAUGUGAACUACCUCGCCUGGUAUACAGGUCGUGGGUUCGAUCCCAACCCCGAUGCCUAUAUAUUUGGAGUUUGCAUGUUCGCUCUGGUUGUGUGCAUUUUUCUCCAGGACCUCUGGUUUUUCCCUCAACAUUUUAUAAACAUGUUUUUAGAUUAUUUGGCUGCUAUAAAUUUCCACAUGAUGAGCCACUUUGUUGCGCUAUCAUUUGUGGCCAGGUCGCUUCUGAAAAAGUGCUAUGUAGAUCAGUGGGCCUUACCUGGUAAUAUCAAAACACCUUAAUAGAACCUUCCAUCAAUUUAUAUUUUCUAUUUUAUUUGGAAUGGAAUCCUGAGGAGCAUGGUAACAUCCUUGAGCCAAUGCUUUGCAUAUGAACUAUUUAGAAUUUACGUGUGGCUGUUGAAAGGCAUUUAUUUCAAAGGAAUGGCAAGAAUUUGUGUCUUCUUGGUUCUUUCGGUAAAGUCACGUAGAAUGGAAAUAAUAAAAAUAAAACA